GGGUUCUUCAAUUGUUGUUCCGUGACGCGACGGUUCGAUCGUACCGAACCCUUCUGCGAUUGAUUUUUGCUCGUUCGUUUCGACAGCUUUUUUCUCGUAAAAAAAAAGAUAGAAAAUCGCGUAAAAAAUAAGAAGACAAGGCGAAAGCAGAAGACGGGAAAGUUUAAAUUGGAUAUAAUGUUCGCGUCAAUAUUUCUUGAUUUCGAUGAACGUGAGAUAUGGCGGUGUUUAAAUAUAUCAAAUAAGGUGGAAGAGUAUUAGCGAUAUGAAAACGACGAUUCUGUACGAAUGGCAUUUGUAGAUAUGACAUUUAACCGGUUUUUCUCCGGUUUACAAAGAAUAGCUUGAAUCUUCUAUACAUAUAUAAUAUAUAUAUAUAUAUAUAUAUAUACACACACACAUACAUCAUAGAUACACACUCAUACAUCUUUAUAUAUAUAUAUAUUUAGGGAGAAAUAAUAAUAAGUGAUCGAUCAUUGAACAAAAAAAAAAAAAAAAAAAAAACAAAGAAAAAAAGAAAAAAAGAAAAAAAAAGAAAAAAAAAUAAAAAAGAAAAAAAGAAAGAAAAGUAAUAACGUAUUAUUUCGUUAAUUCGCAUGAAACCGAAUGGCCGAUUAAUGUGUUAGUUGUGAUGGGAGUGCCUGCGCGGGGAGCACUUGCGGCAAUCAUAGCCUUUACCGCGUUUGCCGUUUAUUUAAAUAGCCUCGGUUGCGGAUUCGUCUUUGACGAUAUUUCAGCGAUUAAGGAUAAUCGGGAUUUAAGGCCGCAUACACCCCUGAAGAAUGUCUUUUACAACGACUUCUGGGGUACCCCCAUGCACAAGGAACAAUCACACAAGUCAUACAGACCACUUUGUGUUCUCACAUUCCGGUGGAAUUACCUGAUUCACCAGCUUGAUCCUAUGGGAUAUCAUUUGCUUAAUGUCAUUCUACAUGUUGGAGUGUGUCUAUUAUACUUCAGAAUCUGUUUGAUGUUUUUAUCAGACUUGGCAAGUCUUGUAUCUUCCUUGCUGUUUGCUGUACAUCCAAUACAUACAGAAGCAGUUACAGGAGUGGUUGGAAGAGCUGAAACUCUUUCCUCACUAUUUUACCUGGCAGCUUUAAUCACAUAUACUAAGUGUUGCAAAAGUAAAAAAUCUACAGGAUGGAAAUCAUUGAUAUUAUCUAUGUUUUUUGUAUUUACCGCUAUGUUAUGUAAAGAACAAGGAAUAACAGCCACAGCUGUGUGUGUCUUAUAUGAAAUUUUUGUUGUACAAAAGGUUAAAGCAUCAGAUAUUUGUUUAGCAAUAAAAUCUGCAUUUGAUGGUAAAAAGAUAUCUCCUACAUGGUCCAGCGAAGGUACAAAGCGUUUAACAGCUCUCACUGCUGUUACAUUUAGCUUAUUGAUUUUACGAUUACAUGUAAUGGGUUCAAAAUUACCUGUAUUUACUAGAUUUGACAAUCCUGCAUCAGUUGCUACAACACCAACAAGGCAACUGACAUACAAUUAUCUCGCAGCAGUUAAUUUAAGAUUACUUUUUCUUCCAAGCGAUCUAUGUUGUGAUUGGACAAUGGGAACGAUACCAUUGGUAGAAAGCUUUACAGAUAUUCGUAAUCUCGCAACUAUAGCCACACAUGGUACUAUCUUAGGAUUAUUGGCAACAGCCACUUUAACGCGAAAUAGACAAACGUCUGUUAUUCUUAUAAUGAGUUUAGCAAUGAUGAUUCUACCAUUUCUACCUGCAUCAAAUCUUUUCUUCCCUGUUGGAUUUGUCAUUGCUGAAAGAGUUUUGUAUGCUCCUUCUAUGGGUUUUUGUAUGCUCGUAGGAUACGGAUGGAGUAUUUUAUCUAUGAGAAAGUUUAAAAAACUGACAUUGUUUCUAUUAAUAACACUUUUGGGCGCCCAUUCAACAAAAACAUUUAUGAGGAAUUACGAUUGGUUGGACGAAUAUUCUAUAUUCAUGUCCGGCUUAAAAGUAAACGAUCGGAAUGCUAAGCUAUUUAAUAAUGUGGGUCAUGCACUGGAAAGUCAAGGUCGAUUUAAAGAAGCCCUUAAUUUCUUUAAUAUGGCUGUACAAGUUCAAGGUGACGAUAUCGGUGCUCAUAUUAAUGUCGGUCGGACGUAUAAUCAUCUUAAAAUGUUUAAGGAAGCAGAAGAUGCAUACUUGAAGGCAAAAUCUUUAUUACCGAAGGCAAAGCCAGGAGAAUCUUAUCAAGCACGUAUAGCACCUAAUCAUUUAAAUGUCUUUGUCAAUUUGGCUAAUUUAAUAGCCAAAAAUGCUACGAGAUUAGAAGAGGCCGAUUUAUUGUACCGGCAAGCUAUAAGUAUGCGUGCUGAUUAUACGCAAGCCUAUAUUAAUCGUGGCGAUGUUUUAAUUAAACUUAAUCGUACAAAAGAAGCUCAGGAGGUUUAUGAACGAGCAUUAUUUUACGACAGUAAUAAUCCAGAUAUUUAUUAUAACCUUGGAGUUGUGUUCUUGGAACAAGGAAAAGCGUCUCAAGCCUUAGCUUAUCUCGACAAAGCUCUCGAAUUUGAUCCAGAACACGAGCAAGCAUUAUUAAAUUCAGCUAUAUUACUUCAAGAAUUAGGACGUGCAGAAUUACGUAAAGUAGCACGAGAAAGACUUUUGAAACUACUGAGGAAAGAUUCCAACAAUGAACGUGUCCACUUUAAUCUUGGAAUGUUAGCCAUGGAUGAUCAUGACAGCGGCAGCGCCGAGCGUUGGUUUCGAAAUGCUGUAGCCUUGAAAGAAGAUUUCCGAUCAGCUCUUUUCAAUUUGGCUUUAUUAUUAGCAGACGAGCAACGUCCACUCGAAGCAGCACCCUUCUUGAACCAAUUAGUUAGAUUUCAUCCGGAUCAUGUUAAAGGCCUAAUUCUUUUAGGAGAUAUUUAUAUAAAUAACAUCAAGGACUUGGACGCUGCAGAGAAUUGUUAUCGCAGAAUAUUACAAUUGGAUCCAACGAAUAUACAAGGAUUGCAUAAUUUAUGUGUAGUUAUGGUAGAACGUGGUAAAUUGGGAUUAGCAGCACAAUGUUUGGAACGUGCGGCGAGAUUGGCUCCCCAUCAGGAUUAUGUACACAGACAUCUUGCUAUAGUAAAAGCUCGUAUUAGUCGAUUGCCACGUGAGCAACGGGACACUGAAAUAUUCGAUGAUUCAUUCUGGACUAGUAAUGACAAUGACAGAAGUUACAAUAAUGAUUUAUCAAAUAACCAGUUUUUAGGGAAAACAGAUACUAUUUUUGCCAAUCAUGCAAUAGUUCAUAAUCACAUAGGAAAUAAACAAAGCAAUACUGAUCCUUUGAAAAAUCAUAUUGUAAAUCUAGAAGAUCCGGCUAAAUCUGUCCAGGUAUUGAAUGGUAUUUCUGAAAAAGCAAGGAAUAAAGACAGUAAGCAGCAAAAGGUAGUAGAAUCAACUAAUAUUAUAGAACCUACUACAAGCGAAGUGUUCAAUAAGAUCAUAAGCAGAGAUGUCACGGAAUUGGAUAUUGCUCAAAAACUUGAAUUAAUGAAUGCUAAUCAAUUCAAUCUGAGUGCACCAUUGCUCUCUGGCACCAAGCAUACAGGUACUUUACAACAGACGGAAGACAGUACGCUGUCAUAGUAUAAAUGUUAAUCCGCCGACUAUACAGAUAUACACAGGAAGAAGGAUUAUGAUGGUAUAGCCAUAUAGAGCUAACAUGUGAAUAUAAAAUAAAUACAGAGUAUUGUUUUAUAUGCUGUAUAAAUAGGAUGUUUUAUAAAAUAUAUUUAAAAAAAGAAUGAUGCACCCUAAUCCUUAUAUUCCUUUGAACUGACGUUUUGGUGUUAAUUUUGACGAUGAACUCGAAUUUAAAAAUAAAUCACGAUGAAAUCUAAUAGUGAAAUUAUACAUCGAGUUUGUCCUAAAGAAUAAUGGUUUUUCAGCUCGAGAUCGGUCAAGGUAUAUAUUCAUUUAAUGUAUGUUCAUUAAUCAAAUUUUCUCGAUGAUAUACAUGUGUUCGUUACUUUCAUUUAGAUGAUUCUAAGGAAUGAUACGUCAGGCGUCGUCUCGAAUAAUAAACAUUCAGUUUGCUUGGUCGUACGCACGAUGGCUCUCCCCUCCUGUGCAGUAUCGAUUGCUCUUGAUGCUACCACCGCCUUAUAAGGGUGAAACUAGGUCGAAAACAGCCUAUACCAGUGAAGCAUUCCGUUCCUCUUUCGUCUCCCGAAUCCCACGAUAUCCACACUAUUCUAUAUCUUAACUCAUUCCCUUCUACCUGCUUUUCCCCUAUCCCUAUCCCUAUCCCUAUCUCUCUAUCCCUACCCUUAUCCUUACCCUCACACCUACAUCUACACCUACAUCUACACCUACAUCUACAUCUACAUCUACACCUACCACCCCUUUUUACCUACCACCAAUCCUUAUUACGAGGAUGGUAAAGGCUACACGUUGGCCAAGUCGGAUCGACCCCUUCUAACUCCUCUUUAGGGGUGGUUCUCUCUGUGCUUGUGUUCAGCCUCGUUUUGAGCUUCGGUGCAAGGGGGGAAUCCUUGACAUAAAUAAUCAGUAGUAGAGCACUACGGCACUGUCCAUGUUACCAUGGUAACGAUAUCGAUCGAGUCGUUCUACGAGUCGAACUGGGCUAUACCUUUUCUUCCGAGAGCUUUCCUUUUUCGUCCUUUCUUACUUACUUACUUACUUACUUACUUACUUACUUUACUUUACUCACUUUACACACUUUACCCUUCCUUUCUUUUUCUUUCUCUCUCACUUUCUUGACUCCACCCUUCAGCCCUAUUUUAUUUUCUUCGACGUUGGCCCAAUUUUUACACAACUUUUAUAUAUCUUACCUUCUUGCUCGAUCAAUUCCAGGUAAACUUUUUACCCUGUAUUACGGUAAUCGAAUGGAAUACGAUAAUGUUUACGCCUGUAUUUUGCAGAGACGGAGAGAGAAAGAGAGAAUUAGUCGAUUGUAUGACUAAAAAAAAAAUAACUCUUACACAAUAUCCAUUAUAUUUAAAUAAUAAUCAUGAAAUGUAAAAAGCAAAUGUAUAUUGAGAUAAAAAGAAAAAUAAUAAACUCUGGCGAAUUAACGCUAGUA